AAGGUUUAGUGUUUCGGCGCCGUACAGCGUGAAGGGCUUAAACUCUGAAGAGGCAGAAGGAAGGCUUCUCUUUCCUCGGCUCACUCCCCCCUCGCUCGCCUUGGCGAGUGGUUCCUCCCAGCUUGGCUGAGAAGGUUCCUCCGUAGCCCGAUAUUAGUGCCCUUGGUUGGAGGAGGUGUUGGCGGUGGUGGCGCUUCCUCGGGUCGAGGUGACGGGGCUAGGCCUUCAGAAGCGGGGAAGAAGAAACAAUGGUCCCCAGAAUUUGUUCAAAAGUGGAAGUGUAUGGAGUAGGAGGAGAAAGUGCAUGAGCCUGAGGCUUACUCUCGUAGCACUAAACCAUGGCUUACAGUUGUAUCUGAACCAGACCAUAGAUCUUGAUCAAGCUUUUCUUGUGCCUGGAUGUCCACAUAUGUAGGACAUCUGCCUCCUGAUCCUAUGCGUGUUUACUUGAAAAUUAAAUCCCAAAAACAAAGUGGUAAUUAUGGUGAACGUUCUCCAGUUUGUACGAGAUUAUUGGCCUUUAACACUCGUUCCAAUAGGAUUUGUGGUGGGAUGCUACUUAGACAGGAAGAAUGAUGAGAAGUUCAUACUCUUCAGAAACAAGAGCAAGUUAUUUCAAAGAGAAUUGAAGCCUGGGGAAGAAGUUACAUGGAAAUGAUGAGUGCCAAUUGAGAAAUGCUCCCAUACAAUUAAAUUUGUCUGUAUAAAG